AUGGCAAAUUUAGAGAUCACCAAAAAAGGAGUACUAGACAUUAUUACUCCUAACAAUACUCACGAUGACGAGAACUUGGAAUCCCACCAUCAGCUCUUGAACCACAAUAGCGGUAUUCUAAACAUCCUUCCCUCUCUUUUAGAAGGUAUCAUAGUUCAAGAGUCUCCGUAUUCAGUUCUUAUGCGACAUCUCAACCAGACAAUGCUUACAAAUUCGCUGGUUGAGUUACGACAGUUGCGAAAUAAGGUGAUAUCGCUAACACUGGAAGGAAAAGACGUUUCUUCGUCACCUACCUUGACUCGGAUCGACAAGAACAAGAACGUAAUGUUGACAUUGACAUUUGGCGAGACAUAUCUAAAUGCGAUAGAGAUCGUAUCCCAAGACUGGCAGUGGAUGGAAGUAGAGGUAUUGGGCAUUGAAGCUAGGAAAUUUGACCAUAUUAGGAAACGAGAAUUGGUUUUGCAAUAUUUGUCACGAAUGCAGAAACCACCAGAGCUCGAUAGUUGUCUUCUAAAGAUUACUGUCAAACAGAAAAUAGCGUACCCUGGAAAGAAGACGACCCAAUUAAGACUACAACAGGAGCAGGAGCUCCUAAAAGAGUUACACGAGUUGGAAUUGCGCCAAAUGCUACAGAAAGUGGGUUUAGACUACGACGGAGAUGGCGUGCUUCGCAAAGUUAGUGAAAGUGAAGAUAAUGAAAAGUUCACUGACACCAAGUACAUAUCAAAAAGGGUCUCUGAAAUAAAGAAGGUGUUAGAACCUGAUUCCUUUACGCGGCAGAACUUGGUGGAUUUUGAAAAUUGGUAUUGUAACUGUGAAGAGUAUCAAGAAUGUUACUUAGAACUGGAGCAGGACGCUAUUCCCAGAAAAAUCAUAAGCCCUAACCAACUACUAUCAUUGUAUGGUGCGGCCGAACUGGAAACUGGACGAUUGCAAAAUCUGAAGCUAACGGAAAUGUUGCGAAAAUGUCCCACAAACUUAGUAGACCCAAUUCCGUUGUGCAGCCACUUGGUUCUGGUGUUAAUGGUGGCACUCAAUGGAAUGGAUGGCAAGUGGGACGUGGGAGAGUAG